AUUUCUUCCGCCAAUUCGCCAAUCGAAAAAUUCUUACUUUGUGGCUGACAAGUCCGAUUUUAGUGAUCCAGAGGAAGAUUUCAGCUCAAUCCGUGUAAUCUGUAAUAUCCUCUUGUUGCUUAGAUUCUUCCAAACCAAUUAAUUGCUAUAGUUCUUUGUUUCUCAUAGUAUUGUAUUGUAUUGUAUUGUAUUGUAUUGUUUAUCAUGGGUGACAUGAAGGACAAGGUCAAGGGUUUCAUGAAAAGGGUUAAUAAUUCCUUGUCCUCGUCUUCUUCUGCAAGUUUCAAGGGUCAGGGAAGAGUUUUAGGAUCCUCUUCUUCGGGGUCGACUACUUCUUCUUUGCCUACCCGCCCAUCGCAAAAUCCCAUUUCAAAACCCAAGCUGGUUCAUCCUCCUUCAGAUUCUACCGUAAAUUCCAAGCCUCCGUCUUCAAAUUCAACCGGCGCUGGUCAGAUUAGGUCAGAAGUGCCUAGUAAAUCGAACCCAGAUCGAAAACCGCCGGCCGAUGAAUUUGACCCAUUUGACUCGUUUAUAACGUCUGGGAAAAGAUCUGGAAAUGGGUAUUCAUUAGAUGUGUUUGAAUGUCCGAUUUGUGGCCAAAGUUACAGGUCUGAAGAGGAGGUUUCUGUGCACGUAGAUAGCUGUGUCAAUAAUAACACAGCCGAUAGAGCAGAGGAUCUGCCCACGAGUAAUUCGGAAUCUCGGAGUGAAUUGGAGACUUGUGUUGGCACUUUCAUAUCAGGGAAGCCAUCACAAGGUUCAUUGGAAAUUGUGCUGAAGCUUAUGAGGAACAUAGUUCGGGAACCAGAGAAUUCAAAGUUUAGGAAGAUUCGUCUGAGUAAUCCCAAAAUUAAGGAGGCAAUCGGUGAGGCUGUGGGGGGAGUGGAAUUGUUGGAGUUUGUGGGUUUUAAAUUGCAAGAAGAAGAUGGUGAAAUGUGGGCAACCAUGGAAGUUCCAACAGAGGAAGAGAUUUACAGAUUAUCUAAGGUCGUUGAUUUUAUUGAACGGCCAAAGCUUGAUGAACGGCAAAAUGAAGGCAGCUCUGCAUCUAUGGCUUCAACUCAGGUUGAUGAACUGAUUGAACCAAAGAAGGUAGACAGACAGACUCGAGUAUUUUUUGCUGUCCCUGAAAACGUUGCUGCAAACAUCGAGCUACCAGACUCCUUCUACAACCUCUCUGUUGAAGAGGUUAAAAGAGAAGCUAUAAUGAGGAAGCAAAAGAUUGCUGAAUCUCAGUUUUUGGUUCCUAAAUCAUACAAGGAGAAACAAGCAAAAGCUGCUCGGAGAAAGUACACAAGAACAGUUAUCAGAAUUCAGUUUCCCGACGGCGUGGUACUUCAAGGUGUUUUUUCUCCUCGGGAACCAACAAGCGCUGUAUAUGAGUUUGUGAGCUCAGCACUGAAAGAACCCGGUUUGGAAUUCGAGUUGAUACAUCCAGUUGGUGUUAAACGGCGUACGAUCAGUCAUUUUCCCGUAGGACAGAAGGCUAAAACUCUAGAUGAUGAGGAGUUGGUCCCCUCAGCUCUGGUCAAGUUUAGACCCAUUGAAACAGAUUCAGUUGUCUUCACAGGUUUGCGUAAUGAACUCCUUGAGAUUAUCGAACCGCUCGUUAGCAGUUCAGCUGUGGCUCAUCCAGCGCAAGUUUAAAUCACUUAGAACAGUGCCUGUAUGUACAUUUAACCUUCAGCAGCUCUGGGUUUGAUGUGGUUGUUGCUUUUCUUUGUAAUCUUUUUUUCUUAAAGGUGAGAAGCAACUUCAUUCUUUCAAGCUUUAACACUUUAAAAUACCCUUUUCUGGGCAGUGGACAAAGCAUUUUACCAUGAUAUAUAUGGAUUUUUCUGAUCUCCCA